AUGAUUCAAAAACUGAUUGACGCAGGAGAUCUUAAUAAAUACGUACAGAAGGCUGGCACCGAUGAUAAGGCCAAGCAAAACAAGCAAGUUCAACUGCCUGAAGGCAACCGAACCAUUAACACCAUCUCAUGUUCCGAGGCCACAGGGCCAUCUCUAACGGCGCAAAUAAGGAAGAGAUUGAGAAAGCAAUUCGAGGACUAUUGUGAGCUGUACAAAAUCGAUGGGGUAGAAGUAGACAAACACGAACAUUGGAUGGAUGCACCUAUGAUCUUUGACGCUAAGGACAUCGAAGAAGAUAUGGAGGAUCACAACGAUCCUCUGGUUCUCACGCUGCCAGUAGCGGGAUGCAAUAUCAAGAAGAUCCUCAUCGACGGAGGAAGCUCAGUCAACGUUCUGUUCUACGACACAUUCAAACGGAUGGAGCUUAAUGACGAGCAACUGAUGUCUUCGUACUAUACUAUCUACGGGUUCAACGGAGCAGCAACGAAGCCACUAGGAGACAUCAUUUUACAACUCAAAGGAGUGGCGGCAACCUAUCACCAGUACCUCAGGUUUCCAACUCCCGAAGGGGUAAUGGAAAUAAAAAGAGAUCAGGUUACUGCACGAGAGUGUCAGGCUUUACAAAACCAUCUUAAUAACGAACAAGAUGAGCAGCGGAAAUCCCGAAGAGCUCGAAACAAAGAAGCUGCGAAAGAAAAAGCAAUUGACGCCUAUCUGGAAGAAAUCUCUGGAAGAAGCCUCGCAAAGGAGAAUAUAGUCGGAAACGCUGAGGCAAGCACUUCAAUUACAAAGGAGGCCGAAGAGCCUACCAAAUAG